UCGCCGCGGGCGGCGCAGGGCCUCGGGGAGGUCAGGAGUCGCGCGCGCGUCCCUCACCCGGGCCGUGCAUGGGGCUCGCCAGCCUGCGGGCGGCGGCCGGGGCCUUGCGGAGAGCCUGCGGGGCGUGGACGCCGCUCCUGGGACGGCGCCUCCUCGGUUGGCCCCCCAUGGCCGGGAAGGCGGAGGCCCCGGCACCCGUGGGGACCGGGCAGGAGCAGGACAGGAAGGCCCGGAGCGGCUGGCAGGGCGGAGGCAGGGCCUGGGAGGACACCGAGCAGCCGGCGAAAAAGCUCAAGAGCGGCGCGGACGGGGAGCCGCCCAAGAAGCUGCCCAAGCGCAAGAUCGUGAUGCUCCUGGCCUAUUCCGGGAAAGGCUACCACGGCAUGCAGAGGAAUGUCGGGUCCUCCCAAUUUAAGACCAUCGAAGACGACCUGGUGUCUGCCCUGGUCCGCUCGGGCUGUAUCCCUGAGAACCAUGGCGAGGACAUGAGGAAGAUGUCCUUCCAGCGGUGUGCCCGCACAGACAAGGGUGUUUCCGCAGCUGGGCAGGUGGUGUCCCUGAAGGUGUGGCUGAUUGACGACAUUUUAGAAAAGAUCAACAGCCACCUUCCGGCUCACAUCCGGAUACUGGGACUGAAGCGUGUCACGGGAGGCUUUAACUCCAAGAACAGGUGCGACGCCAGGACCUACGUCUACAUGCUGCCCACGUUUGCCUUCGCACACAAGGACCACGACGUGCAGGACGAGAUGUACCGGCUCAGCCCCGAGACGCUGCAGCAGGUGAACCGGUUGCUGGCCUGCUACAGGGGCACCCACAACUUCCACAACUUCACCUCGCAGAAGGGGCCCCGGGAGCCCAGUGCCCAGCGCUACGUCCUGGACAUGUUCUGCGAGGAGCCCUUCGAGCGGGACGGCAUGGAGUUCGCGGUCAUCAAGGUGAAGGGGCAGAGUUUCAUGACACACCAGAUCCGGAAGAUGGUGGGCCUGGUGGUGGCCAUCGUCAAGGGCUACGCACCCGAGGACGCGCUGGAGCGCAGCUGGGGCGAGGCCAAGAUGGAUGUGCCCAAGGCGCCAGGACUCGGCCUCGUCCUGGAGCGCGUGCACUUCGAGACGUACAACCGGCGCUUCGGCCGCGACGGGCUGCACGAGCCGCUGGACUGGGCGCGGGAGGCGGCAGCGGCCGCGGCCUUCAAGGAGCAGCACAUCUACCCCACGAUCAUCAGCACCGAGCGCCAGGAGAGGUCCAUGGCCCAGUGGCUGAGCACCCUGCCCGCGCACGACUUCAGCGCCACUGCCCAUGCGGCAUCCAGCCCCUGUGCCAAGGUCCCCAGCCCCCAGGAAGGCAGUGAAGGGGACGGAGACAGCGACUGAGGCGGGACCCCCGUGGAGAUGCCUGUGCAGGAGCUGCUGCCGGCCACACCGCUCGCCGAGAGGGGGGCCAAGGUGUGGCCUUGAAACCUCAGGACCUUGAGACCCACGUCGUGCCAUGGGUGUUGCAGCCCAGCAUGAACUCUUUACACAUAUUCGUGGUGUGAAGACACUAUUUUUUUUAAAGAGAUGAUUUUCUUAUUAAAUGAAUACAGACUUUGCU